GUGGCAGGAAAGCCGUGUAGGCGAUGCGCGUGCACUCCGCUCCCUGCCUCGUGCGUGCCACAGUGUGUAGAACUUCACGCAGUUUCACUUCGACGGUUUUUCGCGUUGAGAACUUCGACAAAUAUUAGCAAUGAUGAUAUGAACAAAACCCGAAUUGCGCAAAUUCGCCAUAGUUUCCGUCCACACGCCUCGGAGAAGACGCCGCGCGCUCCCGUUUUCUAUUUAGAUUUCAGCACGCGAACACCGAAGUGAGAGGCGCACGCGGAGGGGACGACACGCGCAUUUCAAACGCUCCGACUGUCAGUACUGAAGGUCCCUGGUCCUGUACGUGCUGCCCCCCUGCUGGAGCCGAGGUGAUGAGUGUGUGUGGGAGGAAGGCUCUGAUGCUGCUGAGCAGCGUGUUUGCUGUGUGCAGUCUGGGCCUGUUGGGAAUCGCUGUCAGCACGGACUACUGGCUUUACCUGGAGGAGGGAAUCAUUAUGCCCCUCAACCAGAGCACUGAGAUGCGCAUGUCUCUCCACUCAGGCCUCUGGAGGGUCUGUUUUCUUGCAGGAAAAGAGAAGGGUCGUUGCUUCACCAUCGAGUAUGUCAUGCCUAUGAAUGUCCAGAUGACAUCCGAGUCCACAGUCAGUGUUCUGAAGAUGAUCCGCUCGGCCACGCCGUUCCCACUGGUCAGUCUGUUUUUCAUGUUCAUCGGCUUUGUCCUGAGCAACAUCGGUCAUAUCCGACCCCACCGCACCAUCCUAGCGUUCGUCUCCGGAAUCUUCUUCAUUCUCUCAGGUCUUUCUCUAGUAGUUGGUCUGGUGUUAUAUAUCUCCAACAUCAACGAUGAGAUGCUAAACCGAACUAAGACAAACGAAGCCUACUUCAGCUACAAAUACGGAUGGUCUUUCGCCUUCGCUGCCAUUUCCUUCCUGCUCACUGAGGCGGCGGGCGUGAUGUCAGUCUACCUGUUCAUGAAACGAUACACGGCGGAAGAGAUGUACCGGCCCCACUCCAAUUUCUACGGGCCGCGUCUCAGUAAUUGCUCUGAUUACUCUGCUCAGUUCCUUCACCCGGACGCCUGGACACGAGGACGCAGUCCGUCAGACAUCUCCAGCGAAGCCUCGCUUCAGAUGAGCUCCAACUACCCCGCUUUGCUCAAGUGUCCUGAGCAUAUUUCCUCCUCCCCCUGCUAAGAAAGCUCUCUCUCACACACACACACACACACACACACACACACACACACACACACACACACAAACACAGUAAAGGUUGACUUCACACAGUCAGUUGAAAUGAGUAUUCAAUUUUUUUUAAGAAGAAGAAGAGGUAUUAUCUAUUCCAGUGAGCCUCUUGUUUCAGUCCUACAGAAUAGCUGUUAGUCAUGCUAGCUUUUAGCAGAUUUGUUCACAGAGCCUUUGCGUUUUUCUGAGACAUUUAGUUUUUUGGAGGGCCUUAUGUUUUAAAAUUUCUUACUACAAUUGAUAUCAAACUGGUACCUAUACUGUUUGUUUGAAUUAUGGAAAAGGGAAUAACGAGUGUUCUUAUAUUCUGAAUGGCGAGAAAUGCUAGGAUAUACAGUGUCUCACAAACAUGAGUACACCCCUUACAUUUUAGCAACCAUUUUAGUAAAUCUUCUCAGGCCACAAUACUAUAGAAAGGAAACAUGGUUAGAGUAGUCAAUGUGCAGCUUGUCUAGCAGUACAGAUUUACUGUCCUCUAAAAAUAUCUCAACAUACAGCCAUUAUUGUCUAAAUACAGUAAUUGCAACAAAAGUGAGUACACCCUAAGCGAACAUGUCAAAACUGUGUCUAAACUGUCAACAUUUUGUGUGAGCACCACUGUUAUUCAGCACUUCCUUAUUCCUCUUAGGUAUGGAAUUCAACAGAGCUGCACACGUUGUUGCUGGGUUCCUCUUCCACUAAUCAAUUAAUGACAUAUAUUACUGUUCCUUGAAAAGGUAUACUAAAAUUGUUGCUGAAAUGUGAGGGGUGUACUUACUUUUGUGAGAGUGUUUCUCAAACUAGGACAUGUAAGUCUGCCCUAAAGAGUCAUUAAUUAGGGGGACCCUAGACCUCUAGAACGUGACUUGCUGUAAGAACGUUAUUGGUGCCAUUCUAGUCAAAAUAAUUUGUCCUUCCAGACCACAUGUUUUGGUUGCUUGGAAAAAAAAUGGUUGCUACAUAUAACAUAAAAUAACUUAAUGUGUGGUCUUCUAGUUCACUAAUUAAAUGCAUUGAUACACACAAAGAGUUUAUGAUUAUCACCUUUUGAUUUGUUCAAGACUUGUUGGAGCCUGGCUAGAGUUUUUCUUCUCUUUUAUGUUCUGACUCAAAGGUCUUAGAAAUACUGCAUUAAGCUUCAACAGAGCUACAUACCAAAUAAAUGAAUUAAAUGUAUUUUCUUUUUAAACGAUACCUGGGCAACUGUGAAUAAAUACUAAACAUCCCAGACACAACAUCUGUUAUGAGUUAUCUAAGCUUCUGAGUUGUCCAGCGUGGGUUUAAGAGUGCAGUUAGAUCAGAACAUUGAUGUCUGAACAUUUAAACAUGUAUUCGGACCAGAUGAGAGCGGGUCUGUUUCGGGAAACAGAGUCUUCAGCUCUUUGUUAUCUGAAUGGAUCACAAUUUUACUAUCACUCGAACAGAGAAAGUAGGGAUUGUGAUGUAUUAGCUACAAAUCUACAGCAUGGCCUUGACUCGGUUACCUCUUGCUUUGUAGGUCUUAUUGUAAAACUUUUCUGAAUUAGUCACAGUAAUGAUUUGUCACAUACUCCCUGAAGCUAAAACGUUUUUUUGUUUUUUUUUGCACUUUACCUGUCUGAUGGAUUGUUAAAGUGACUGAGCAGAUUCUUUAUCUGCAGAUAUUUAUAGGACGAAUGUACAGAUUAUUGCAGUUUCUAUGGGAUUAUUUGAAUUAAGUGCGUAAUAUGUUUAUUUAAUUCACAGAAUAAGAUUUUGAAUAUAUUGGAUAUAUUGUAGAGAGACAGAAAAUAUAAAAGUAAAUAAAGAAAUAAAGAAAUCUAUAGUUUCUACUAAAGUGCGAAUUCAACCGGUUUUCGUACAGUGCACUUGGAAAGUAUUCACAGCACUUCAUCAUGUUACAGCCUUAUUUUAAAAAAGGAUUAAAUUCAUUAUUUUCCUCAAAAUUCUACAAACAAUACCCCAUAAUGACAACGCGCUAUAGAAAUAACCUUGACUUGAUUAGUAUUCACAACCUUUCCCAUGACACUCAAAAUUAAGCUUAGGUGCAUCCUGUUUCUACUGAUUAUCCUUGAGAUGUUUCUACAACUGGAUUGGAGUCCACCCUUUGGUAAAUUUAAUGGAAAGGCACACACCUGUCUAUAUCGGGUCCCACAGUUAACAGUGCAUGUCAAAGCACAAACCAAGCCAUCAAGUCCAAAGGUGUAUUGAGGCAUAGAUCUGGGGAAUUCUGUUCCAAUGAGCACAGUGACCUCCAUCAUCUGUAAAUGGGAAAGGUUUGGAAACACUGGGACUCUUCCUAGUGUGGGCCCCCCCGGACAAAACUCAGGGGAGAAGGGCCUUAGACAGGUAGGUGACUAAGAACCCGAUGGUCACUCUGAAAGAGCUCCAGCGCUUCUCUGUAGAGAGAGGAGAACCUUCUAGAAGAACAACCAUCUCUGCAGCACUCCACCAAUCAGGUCUGUAUGGUACAGUGUCUAGUCUGGAACCACUCCUCAGUAAAAGGCACAUGACGGCCCACCUGGAGUCAAAAAAAAAGAAAUUCUCUUGAAACAAAGAUUGAACUCUUUGGCCUGAAUGCCAAGCAUCAUGUUUGGAGGAAACCAGGCACUGCUCAUUACCUGGCCAAUGCCAUCCCUAGAGUGAACUACAAGGAUGACUUGUCAGGAUUGAGGAGAGAUGAAUGCAGCAAUAUACAGACACAUCCUUGGUGAAAACCUGCUCCAGAGUGCUCUGGACCUCAGACUUGGGAAAUGGUUCAUCUUCCAACAGGACAACGACCCUGAGCACACAGCCAAGAUAACAAAGGAGUGACUACAGGACGACUCUGUGAAUGUCCUUGAGUGGCCCAGCCAGAGACUUGAACCCGAUUGAACAUCUCUGGAGAGAUCUGAAAAUGGCUCUACACUGAUGCUCCCCAACCUAACUGAUGGAGCUUGAGAGGUUCUGCAAAGGAGAAUAGGAGAAACUGCCCAAAAAUAGGUGUAUAGCUUGUAGCAUCAAACCCAAUAAGACUUACAGCUGUAAUUGGUGCCAAAGGAGCUUCAACAAAGUAUUGAGCAAAAGCUGUACAUAAUUAUAGACGUGAUUUCUUUCAUUUUUUUUUGUUUUUUUUAAUAAAUUUGCAAAGAUUUCAAACAAACCUCUUUCACUCUAUCAUUUUGAGGUAUUGUUUGGAGAAUUUUGAGGAAAAAUCAUUAAUUGAAACCAUUUUGAAAUAAUACUGUAACAUACCAAAAUGUGGGAAAAGUGAAGCGCUGUGAAUACUUUCUGGGUGCACUGUAAAUGAUUCAAAACUUGCCUGCUUAUUUUGCUAUUUUUCGACAUUUUUUUUUUAUUUUUUAGAAAUUGUCACGUCUGUGCAAAUCAGUUGAUUUUAUAAGUUGUUUAUAUUUGCAGAUUUAUGUGUUUAUACACAUUUUGAAUAUUAACUAUUUUUUGAUUUAAGCAUGUACUUUUUUGCAGAUACCUGACUGUUAAUGUGGUCCAACCAAAAAUCUUCAUGCUUUUUAUUUUCAGGAAUUCAUAGGUUGACUUGUGAGGAUUGGUAGCUAACGAGUUACACAAGAAUAGUUUUAAAGUAUGGUCCCCUUCCUAAAUGUUUGAUAAAGGUUAUUAUUCCCUUACUGGAGCUACAAGGAUUAUGAUGCUAACAAAUCAUUGAAUCGUAAGAAUUGAUAAACUUGAAUCUCCCUUGAAUCCGCUUAAGCCCUGCUUUUUAAAAUCUAAAGACAGAACUGUGAAGCUGGAACUGAUAUGGAUGGUAAUAUAGUUAUUACCAUUAUGUAUAAAAAUAGAUUUUAAGUCAUUGAAAAGCAAGUGUUUAUUUCGUGGUUGCAAAAUUUGGGGUAUGUGUAAGAUUGUGUUCUUCUUUUUCUUUUUUUUCUUUUUUCUUAAUUAAUUUCUUUUAUUAAGCUUUGUGUUACAUUUUGCAUAGCAGAAACAUCUGCAAGAAACUGUAGGGCCUUUAAAAACUCAAAUCGGUCCAGGGAGUAGAUUCUGCCUAUUGAUAAAAAAAUACUACACUUAUUUAGAUGUUCAGACUCCUGACUACCAGCUUAACAAACACUUUAGGUGACUAUACACACAUAAACAUUCAUGGCCUUUUCUCCAAACGUGGUCAUAUUUAAGCUGUGAAUGAUCCAUGUGGCAUGUGUUAGUAAGGACAUGAUGCACCAUUUAAUUGUUUUAUUCUCACAUUAGUCAUAUUGUAUUUGGGUUUUUUUCCAGUAGAUUUAUUUUGUAUGAAUUCAGUUCAAUGUGUAAAUAAAAUGGAGCAUUUUAUAUGGAACAAUUUGUUUUUGGAUGUUCAGAUCUGUAGCUACUGAGUCAGUGUAUAGCAAAAAAACAGACGUUUGUACAUGUGAUACUGUAUACAUUUGCCAUGUACUGUAGAAAAUGUGAGCUUUACACGUUUUAGCCUUGGACACUGGAGUGCAGUGAACACGAUCCUGCUGUACAGCGUAGUGUGUUUGUACACGUUUCCAUUCUGUGUGUUAUUGUACAGUAGAGCUGAAAUAAAACUACUAUUCUGUCAAAA